CUAGAGAUACUCACCCACUCAUUACUAACUCUUUCUCUCUUGCAUUUCUACCUGCUUCCCGUAUCCCGUCUCUACAUAGCUACACGCAUUCCCCCUUGUCUUACGAAUACAGUAACCUCUUUACAUCUUCCGCCGAUAAACCAAAUUAUCACUUCACGUUGUGCUCACGUGAACACAAAAGCGGAACCAUCAAUAUCAGUUAGAGUUGUCGAUGACGCCACGUGAUAGAGAGUUGCAGUGAGUCACCUUCCUUCUUCCUUUUCGUGUAAUCUUCAGCUUUUUUCACAUCAGGUUUCGUUAUGGUUACGUUUCGAAAAGGUACUCGAUUGCCCGUCAUUGUAGAAGAGGCUACGGCAGACAUAGUCGUCGUCUCGAUCAAGACAGAAGGAAGAACUUUCAGCGGAGUUCUCUUAGAUUCGACAUUCAGGACAAGUGAAAGUGAAAAGAAGCAAGGUAUAUUCGAAACUUUAUCUCUUCCGAGCAAAGAAAUGCAACCGGUAAGAACAUCGACGACAAGAGAAAACGCUCUCCCUCAUAUCAACACUUACAAAUCGCCUUUAAAAGACAAACGAGUGAUACACAAAAGGAUCUCGUCAAAUCUAAAAGAGAAGAGAAGACAACAAAUGGGAGAAAAGAAGAGGAAAUUACUCGAAUCAUCAACUCAUCUAGAUCAGACUUCAAACUUUGACGACCAAGAAAUAUUAGACAAAAACAAACGGCAACAAUCAGACGGUCACGACGGAGUCAAUGCAAAAGCGACAAAACAAAAUGAAAUCGCGUCGAACUCUGGCUUAGAUUGCAGCCGUGUUGAUGGCCUGCAUCCAAUGAAUGGCGAGACGGUCGACGGUUGUACUUCGACUGGCAGCGAAAUAGUGAAUGCAACGAAAACAAUUGCAUCAUUGGCGUAUCCCCAUCUUCAUUCCGAUUGCUAUCGGUCGCAAUUCAAAUUCUACGAGAGACAAGUUUCUAUGUACACGAUGAUACAACCGACAUCGUCAAUACCACCAUUCGCUUACCCAUAUUUGGGAUGCAUCGCUCCAUUACAAUCCUUGACUUUUCCUCAUCCAGGAUUCAACCACUUACCAAACUUCAUGACAUACGGGAUAUGGAAUACCAAUCACGAAAUGAGUACGGAAAUCAACCCAGUUUUUCAAAAUAAAAUAUUAUCACCAGUUGAAGACAAAAAUUAUAUUGUCGCUCCACACAUUGCCGGAGAGUUUUGUCGUGGCGAACAUUACCCGCCAUCGCCAAACUCUUUGCAACAACUAGACCGUCCACCGUCAAUCGACACGCCAACAGACGGCUGCAAUGGUUCCGACAAAGAACAACGUCAUCAAACAGACGGAGAUUUAGAACAAAGAAUGUCUACUCGUGUGGACGAAAAUACAGACGAAAAUCAAUCAUUUAUUCCCGAUCCGUCAGACGAUGAAACAAGCUGUCGUUCACAAUCCUUACAACAAGAAGAAAACAAGUCAAACAACAAGAGAGAAGCGGAAUUAAAACAAAAAUUGAUUGAAACGAGAAAGGCGCAUCAGCGACGCAGAUUGUCAUCAAAAGUGACAAAGAAAAACAUUUCCACGAGAUUGACGCCAAGAAUGAGGAAAAGGAAAAAACCAAUUGCACAAACGAAACGUUUAGUACGAGCACGAAUAGGUAGUGCUACUACAGAAGAAGACGCGGUUCUGUUUGAAGCUCUCUGGAUAUCAAAACAAGAACAAACCUUCGACAAGAAACAGUCAGUCAAACCAUCACUUCGACCUCCAGUCGCAGCAGCAAGAAAAAAGCGCGUCUACGGUAAUCCGGAAUUUUUCUACUCGCCUCGUCCUUCUAGCAGUCGCAGCAAGUGCGCCAACGACGACGUCCCUCGAUACAAAAUCGACGACAUCGUGUGGGCAAAACUAGUCAGUCGGCCUUGGUGGCCGGCAAAGGUGCUUUCAUUCAGCAACGACGACGGUCACAGCAUGUACGACGUGUCGGUGCAAUGGCUGGGCAAGAGCUCGAAUUGUACCGACGUGCUGCCGUCGUCUUUGAUUUGUCCGUUUUCGGAAAAUUUCGACGAGCAUUAUCUGCCCGACAAGACGAAGAGCACGUACGUUAAGGCGGUUCGAGAGGCCUUACAAAAGUCGGGAUUAGAGGCUAAUCGCUUCACACGUUUAUCCGAUCAACGCCAUUAACAUUUGACACGUGACCAUGCAGAAGAAGACGUCAAGUAGAUCUAAUAUAGAUGAGAAACUUCGUUUAAAGGAUAUAUAAAUAUUUAUUGCAAAAAGCAAAUAUCAAACAUUGGAUUUGUUUAUAAAACCAAUAAAUAUAGAU